AUGCUAAGAUCAGAGUUAGAUUUCUUGGGGAAACCCAUAUACCAACCCCUGAUUGAACAAAUUCCGAUAGACUUGGCAGGAGAUAAGCUCUUCACCCACGUCAAAAAUUGGUAUGACGAAUACAACAUAGCAGAAGGCUGUCUCGUCGUCAAUAUUGGCAACAUCAAAAAAAGUAUGAACUUAUUUGCUAACGAAUAUAAAGAAUUCACCACGGAUAAUUUUAAAGGCAUAAAGAAUAAAAAGGAGUUUAAAGGAAUAUUUUACUCCUUCGGUGAAGGAGAGGACUACGAUAACCAUGAUGGGAUGUAUCACAGGAAGGACAGUGACCAUGAGAGUCGUGACGAUGAGGAUCAUAACAAUGAGAAUGAAGACGAUGAGGAACAUAAAGAUGAAAACCAUGAGGAUGAACACAAUCGGGAUGAAGACGACAAAUGUUAUCAGAGAAGGAGUUAUUACCCUUCUGCACCACACGCCAAUGAGGGAAGGCAAGAAUUUGCCUACUACCACCACGAGGAACAAUCCCAAACCUAUUAA